AUGGCUGAAAAGUCCACCGGAGCCACCAAUGGCAGUGAUAGUUUGCUGUCUCGAGCUGAAAAUGCCAUUCGGGCAUCUCUGAAGCCUUUGCCAACGGAGACCGGUGAUGGCACCUAUGUACCAAGUGAUACCACCACGGGCCUGGCCAAAGAUCUCAGCCAUAUCGACUUGAAAGAUGUCAAGACACUCGUCGAUGUAGCCAAAAGUGCGGUUAGCGGAGAUCCCGUAAACGACCGGGAGUACAUCAUGGAGCGAGUGAUUCAACUCGCAGCCGAUCUUCCAUCUACAUCCAAGAAUGGAAAGGAAGUGACGAAUACAUUUUUAAAUAUGCUGUGGAACGACUUGAAGCACCCUCCUAUCUCGUAUCUUGGUCGAGAUACAUCAUACCGCAAAGCCGAUGGCUCUGGAAACAACAUCUUCUGGCCUCAGAUUGGAGCAGCAGGCACUCCAUAUGCCCGAUCUGUCCGACCACAAACGGUGCAACCCGCUGAGCUGCCUGAUCCAGGAACGCUGUUCGACAGUCUCUUGUCUCGGAAAGAAUUCAAAGAGCACCCAAACAAGAUAUCGAGUGUGCUAUUUUACCUUGCAUCGAUUAUCAUCCAUGGAAGAGCAAAACCAAGUCAGGACUUUCAAAGAUGGCAGGUUGAAGCCAGAUGUAUUCUCCACGAAAAGAAUCCUGGGAUUCCCCCUGGCGUUGGUGUUUUGCUGAUAAUGUUUAAUCGCUUCCACAACUUUGUUGUUACGCAACUGGCAGCGAUUAAUCAAGGCGGACGCUUCACAAAGCCUGACGAGUCGAAUGCCAAGGCAUAUGCCGCUUGGGAUAAUGAUUUGUUUCAGACGGGUCGCCUAGUUACAUGCGGUCUUUACAUCAACAUUGUAUUGAAGGACUACGUUCGAACAAUCCUCAAUCUGAACCGGACUAACAGUACUUGGAGCCUGGAUCCUAGAGCGGAUAUCAAAGAUGGACUGCUCAGCGAGGCUGCAGCUCAGGCAACUGGCAACCAGGUCUCUGCAGAGUUCAACCUUGUUUACCGUUGGCAUUCGUGCAUCUCUGAACGUGACCAGAAAUGGUCAGAAGACCUAUAUAAAGAGAUAUUUGCUGGUCAAGACCCCAGUACCUUGUCUCUUCCCGAAUUCAUGCAAGGACUCGGGCGUUGGGAGGCCAGUAUGCCCGCAGAGCCUUUGGAUCGUCCCUUUGCCAAGCUGCAUCGUCAAGCAGAUGGCUCUUUUGAUGACGAUGAUUUGGUCAAGAUUUUCCAGGAGAGUGUGGAGGAUGUUGCUGGCGCUUUCGGUGCCUCUAAUGUCCCGUCCGUCUUUCGAAGCAUUGAGGUUCUCGGGAUGCAACAGGCUCGCUCUUGGAACCUGGCAACUUUGAAUGAGUUCCGAGAUUUCUUUAACCUGGCUCCAUACAAGACGUUUGAAGAGAUCAACCCGGAUCCUUACAUUGCAGAUCAGCUCCGUCACUUUUACGAUCACCCUGACCUUGUCGAACUAUACCCAGGCAUCAUCGUGGAAGACACGAAGCAUCCAGUAGUUCCAGGCAGUGGGCUGUGCACAAAUUACACGAUCUCCCGGGCGAUUUUGUCAGAUGCUGUCGCUCUCGUUCGUGGAGAUCGGUUCUACACGGUUGACUACACUCCUAAGCACCUGACCAAUUGGGCAUACAAUGAGAUUAAUUACGAUACCGACGAGGAUGAAGGCCAAGUAUUCUACAAGCUAGCCUUGCGUGCUUUCCCACAUCACCUACGAGGUGAUUCAAUCUAUGCUCAUUUCCCGAUGGUCAUUCCCAGUGAGAACGAAAAGAUUAUGAAAAGCCUUGGGCAGUAUGAUACGUAUAAUUUUGAUCGCCCUCGCUACAAUGCCAUUCCGAGAAUGAUUGAAUCUCAUGCUGCCUGUAAGGCUGUGCUUGGAGACCAAGAUGCGUUCAAAGUGACCUGGGGUAAGAAGCUGGAGUUCCUUCUCCAUCGCGAUGGCCAUCCCUAUGGUCGAGACUACAUGCUGUCUGGGGAUCUACCUCCAAACGCUGCGUCCCGCAAAAUGGUCGGCGAUGCUCUUUACCGCGACAAGUGGCAGUUGGAAGUCAGCAAGUUCUAUGAGGAGAUUACCCUGCAGCUUAUCAAGAAGCACUCUUACAAGGUUGCUGGUACAAACCAGGUGGAUAUCUGCCGCGAUGUGGCUAAUUUGGCCCAAGUCCACUUCUGCUCUAGUGUUUUCUCUUUGCCUCUCAAAACUGAAUCCAACCCCCAAGGGAUUUACACUGAAGUCGAAAUGUACAACAUGAUGGCAUUGAUCUUCACUUGCAUUUUCUACGAUGUUGACGUCGCCAAGUCUUUCAAGCUUGAGCAGGCAUCUCGAAAGCUUUCACAGCAGCUGGGUGAGCUGGUCUUGGCUAAUGUAGAAGUCGUUGAUAAAGUCGGCAUCAUUGCCAGCAUCGUCUCUCACCUUCAUCGCCAUGAUGUUCUAAGUGACUACGGCGUCCACAUGAUACAACGCCUGUUGGAUAGCAAACUUGCGCCAAAAGAGAUUGUCUGGACACAUAUUCUCCCGUCAGCAGCCGCGAUGGUCGCCAACCAAGCCCAAUUAUUUACUCAAGCUUUGGACUUCUAUUUGGACAAAGAGAACGCGGCUCACCUCGCGGAGAUCCAGCGCCUGUCUACAGAGACCACACCAGAAUCUGAUGAUCUUUUGCUGCGAUAUUUUAUGGAAGGUGCUAGAAUCCGCUCGUCUGUCGCUCUGCCUCGAAAAGUAGCCAAGCCCACCGUUAUCGAGGAUAAAGGCGAGAAAGUGACGCUCAAAACGGGCCAGGAGGUUUUCUGCAACCUGUCGGCUGCAAGUCACGAUCCAGAAGCCUUCCCAGAUCCUGAAACAGUUCGCCUGGACCGCGACCUAAGCCAGUAUAUCUUCUUCGGAUAUGGCCCACACCAAUGCCUCGGCCUCGAUAUUGUUAAGAUCGCGCUCCCCACAAUGUUCCGCGUUGGCCAAUUGAAGAAGGUCCCUGGUGUUGGUGGCAUCACGAUGUAUCUGGAUCCGGAGUAUAGUUCUUACUCUCCAUAUCCUUCUAGCAUGAAGAUCCAGUGGGAUGGAGAGUUGCCUUAG